AUGGACGCCGUCAACCUCGACAGAUGCCCCGUCUAUGCCUCCUUCUUCGGAGCGCUGGGCUGUGCCUCGGCCAUCAUCUUCACCGUCAUCGGCGCGAGCUACGGCACGGCCAAGUCGUCCGGCGCCAUCUUCUCCUCGGGCGUCCUCCGCCCGGACCGCAUGAUGCAAAACACCCUCUGCGCCAUCAUGGCGCAAAUCAUCUCCAUCUACGGGCUCGUCGUGGCCGUGAUCAUCUCCAACGCGCUGGCCGAGAAGAUGGCGCUGCACACCGGCUUCGUGCAGCUCGGCGCCGGCCUGGCCGUCGGGCUGUGCGGCCUGGCCGCCGGCUUCGCCAUCGGCAUCGUGGGCGACUCGGGCGUCCGCGCCAGCACGCAGCAGCCCCGGCUGUACGUCGGCAUGGUGCUCAUCCUGAUCUUCGCCGAGGUGCUGGGGCUGUACGGCGUUGUCGUGUCCAUCUUGAUGCUGAGCAGGUCGGCCAUCGGCGUCACCGAGUGUCCUUAUUAG